UCUGUCUAACGGCGUCUGCUACGUAUGCUCGUCUUGGGGGAGUUUUACUACUACCGGUUGAUAGAUAUCAAAUGAUGGUAUUCGUGCGGGUCGCCUUUGUGCUGUUGACGCUGGUGUCAUGGAGCUGUGGGUUCAAGAGAUACCAAACACUGAUACCUAACGGAGAUCGGGUCCCGCAUCCAUGCACGAAAGACUCCGUCUGGGGCGGGGUAGGUCAUAUUAUACCCGAAGGUGAAGGUCGACGCAAUGCAUUUGGGGAACAUUUUCAACUGAAUGGAAAGAGGUGGACGAGAGAAUUGUGUCUGAUGGAUUCAGACACAGAUGGGCGGACAAACGGCGAGGAACUCGGAGACCCAGAUUGUGUAUGGCGUCCAGGACAAGUUCCAAGUCGAACUGUUAAUGUUUCACAUCCGGGCAUCUGCGAACCAAUGACCAGCCAUAAAUGUCUCAUGUACAAUACUUGGAUCGUAUGUGGGGUGAAGGAAUUCCGCUGCGACACCGUCAAUGACACUGACAUGAAGAACAUAACGCUUCAGUUUCCGGUGACGGAUAUACCGAGUACGGAGACGAACUACUACUGCAUGCUGUUUGACCUGCCCGUGAAGAACGCUCAUCACCUGGUGGCCGUGCAGCCUGUGAUCGACAACAAGGACAUAGUUCACCAUAUGCUUGUGUUCGGGUGUAACCCAUCCUUCACGCGCUACGACAGUAUGUCUAAGACCACGCCAUACCCCUGCGGGAUGGUUCCCCACCGGUCCUGCAGCCAGAUCAUUGGCACGUGGACGGUGGGCAGUCUGGGGGAGUGCAUGCACGAAAACGUCGGCUUCACGCUGGGUUCGGGCAGCUACACAACCGUCGCUUUACAGAUACACUGGAAUAACCCUUCACUGUUGAGCGGUUUGCAAGAUUCCUCGGGCUUGCGUCUGUACUACACGCCUCACCUGAGACAGAAUGACGCCGGCAUUCUGGUUGUUGGGGUGGACUACCUGCAGAUUGACCCGAUGUCCGCGUCCACUGCUACCUCGCCCACUGACGAGUACACCGCCACCUGUCAUAGUCGGUGCACGGAGGCGAUGUUCCAGUCUACUAUCUACAUCACCACGGCUAUUAACCAUAUGCACUAUCUCGGUGUAACUCAGAGGAUAGAACUGUACAGAAAUGGUUCUAAAGUUCGAGACAUCACAUACGACCGAUUUUAUGAAUAUGACAAUCCCGUCAUUAACACAUUCGACCCCCCGAUUGAAGUGCGGCGGGGCGACGAGAUAAAGACGAUGUGCAUCUACAAGCGGCCCGCAGACGGCAACCCGGUGUGUUUUGGCGAGGCGACGAGCGACGAGAUGUGCUACGGCUUCAUCACCUACUACCCUCUCCACCAGUUGGACCGACCCUGGUGCACCAGCCGCAAGACGAUACCAUCCUGUGACCGCCAUUAUUCACACCGCAAGGGCAAACCAAUCGAUAACUGCGAUUACAGCACAUUUCUCAGCGUUUCCAACGUGGAUGGCAUGUAUCAACGUCUUCUGAGUAACUGUGCGGCGUCCAAUGCGUGUGGGAGUAGAACAUGUACCAACGCCGUGAAGAAGGUUAUGAGUCAUCCUUGCAUGUCGGGAAAUAUCGCUAAUUAUUUAAUGUAUAAACUUCCAUUUAUCGAUUCUGGGUAUAAGUUUUUAAAAUUACUUAUUAAAUGCGACUGUGAUCGUGUUACGGACUUCGAGUACUGUGAACGGAAAGUCAACGGUGGCCUCAUUGGCGAAUACACAAAUAUCACACCAUGCGUCGGCGGAAGUAAUAGGAUCCAGUCUGCAAUCGACCGUAUCGCCAGUCUUAUGUGUAUCCUGGUGUUGCAUGUAUGUUUUAUUAACAAACAGCUUUAAAAAAUGGUUCUCUUUUCUUUUUCUUUUUAUUAUUAUUAUUAUUAUUUUUUUUUUUUGGGGGGGGGGGGGGGAGGUGUCAAGUCGUACGCCCAGGGCCUCGUUCCACAAAGCCAUCUUAACGUUAAAAUCACCUUAAGUACAUAAUAUAAUUUUCACUUAAGGUGAUCUAAGCGCUCAGAUUGAUUCGUAAAACGGGGCCUAGGUCUAUAGUCCUUCCCACAGGGAACGCCCUUUUUCAU